GGAGCCGAGCCCGAGGCAGCGCAGCCCGGUCCCGUUCCCGUUCCCGCUCCGGUACCGCCGGGACCCCGCGCCGCCCCCGCUGCGGCACAGGCAGGGAGCGGAGCGGGGGCAGCACGAGCAGGGGCUGCGACCCCGACCCGGAGCCGGAGCCCAGCGCGACCCCCGCGCCGAACCGCCCUCCCGGUGCCUCCCGCCGCCGCCGCCGCCGCUCGUCCCGUCCCGUCCCGUCCGGCCAUGCGAGCCCCGGCCCCGCUGGCGCUCGGUUGCGUCAGCUUCGCGCUGUGCCUGCUGGAGCUGCCCCACGGGCGGGCCCUGCCGCCGCGCAGGGCCGCCCCGGCGCGGAGCCCCCCGGAGCGAACCCCCGCUCUCCCCGGAGCGCCCCCGGCCCCGCAGCCCGUGGGGACCCCGCGGCACCGAGCCCCGGUUGCCCGGCACGGCCCGUGGGCCGCCCCCCGGCACCGCCCGCCCGCCCCGCGGCCCCCGCCGUGGCACGGCCGGCGCCUCGUCCUGCGGCACCACGGGCGGGACCCCCGGUACGACCCCCCCCGGUGGGACCCCCGGGCCGGCCGCGGCCGCCGGCACGCCGGGGCGCACCUGGUGCGGGUGGGCUGCGUGCUGGGCACCUGCCAGGUGCAGAACCUGAGCCACCGCCUGUGGCAGCUGCGGGGACAGUCGGGCCGCCGCGACUCGUCCCCCAUGAACCCCAACAGCCCCCACAGCUACGGCUGAGCGGGGGGCGCGGCCCCGCCCCGCGGGACCCCCCGAGCACGGCCGCGGGCUGCUCCGGGCACCGGAGCCUCCUGAUGGAGCACCGGGCCGGCCACGGAUGGACAGCGGCACCGUGGGACUGCUGGUGGCCCGGGAUGGCCCAACGGGAUCCGUGGUGGCCGGCGGUGGCCCCAGGGACUGGAGGUGGCCUCACAGACCGGCGGUGGCCUCACAGACCGGCGGUGGCCCAGAGCGACUCACGGUGACCGGCGCUGGCCCGUGGUGACUCUCGGUGGCUCAGAGUGGCCCCUGGUGGCCGGUGCUGGCCCGCGGUGGCGGCAGUGGCCGGUCGGUGCGGGGCAGGUCCAAGGGCCGCCGGCAAUCCCGCUGACCGCAGCAGCACCGGAACCUUGUGCAAGACGCUCCUGCUGACUCAGCGCUCCCGUGCCGGCCGUGGCACCCCCAGGGCACCCCCAGCCCCUCCCCAGGGUGACACGGGGGCUGUGGGGGCCCGGCAAGGACAGGGCACGGGGACCCCGCCCGGUGGGACAGGGAUGUGUGACCCAGGUCACUGUCCCACCCCCUCCUGGGAGCGGCUUGAGCAGCCCCCCAGGAGCAGCAGCCCCCCAGGAGCAGCAGCCCCACUCCCUCCAGAACAGCCCUGGCCUCCCAGGAGCACCCGCAUUCCUGGGGCACCCCAUUCCCUGAGCACCCCGAUUCCUAGGGCACCCCAUUCCCAAAGCACCCCGAUUCCUGGGGCACCCCCAUUCCCAAAGCACCCCGAUUCCUGGGGCACCCCAUUCACAGAGCACCCCCAUUCCUGGGGCACCCCCAUUCCCAGAGCACCCCCAUUCCUGGGGCACCCCAUUCACAGAGCACCCCGAUUCCUGGGGCACCCCAUUCACAGAGCACCCCCAUUCCUGGGGCACCCCCAUUCCCAAAGCACCCCGAUUCCUAGGGCAGCCCAUUCACAGAGUACCCCCAUUCCUGGGGCACCCCCAUUCACAGAGCACCCCGAUUCCUGGGGCACCCCCAUUCCCUGAGCACCCCGAUUCCUAGGGCAGCCCCAUUCCCAGAGCACCCCAUUCCUGGGGCACCCCAUUCCCAGAGCACCCCCAUUCCUGGGGCACCCCCAUUCACAGAGCACCCCGAUUCCUGGGGCAGCCCCAUUCCCAGAGCACCUCAUUCCUGGGGCACCCCAUUCCCAGAGCACCCCAAUUCCUGGGGCACCCCAUUCCCAAAGCACCCCGAUUCCUAGGGCAGCCCAUUCACAGAGUACCCCCAUUCCUGGGGCACCCCCAUUCACAGAGUACCCCAAUUCCUGGGGCAGCCCCAUUCCCAG